GCACGCCACCGCGGUAGAGCAGUUGAUGCAGGCCGGCGGGGCCGAAAGCAUUCCUGUCGAGCGCUGCCGGAAUAUCGGCAUCGUAGCCCAUGUCGACGCGGGGAAGACGACGCUGACCGAGCGCAUCCUGUUCUGCACGGGUCGGGAAAGCUUUUGCGGAAACGUGCGCGAGGGCUCGACGGUCAUGGACUGGAUGGAACAGGAGCGAGACCGGGGCAUCACCAUCACCAGUGCCGCCACCACCUUUCUAUGGAACGCGCACCGGAUAAACUUGGUCGACACGCCUGGCCACGUCGAUUUCACCAUGGAGGUGGAGCGAUCCUUACGGGUCCUGGACGGCGCCGUGGUGGUGCUCGACGGAGUGGCUGGGGUGGAGCCGCAGACAGAGACGGUGUGGCGACAGGCCGACAAGCACCGGGUGCCGCGGCUCUGCUUCGUGAACAAGAUGGACCGGGAGCACGCCGACUUCGACCGGUCGGUGCGGGCGCUCGAGGACCGGCUGGGCGCCAGGGCGCUGCCGGUGCAGCUGCCGAUCGUGGGCCCCGCGGGGUUCGGGGGCGUCGUGGACCUCGUGGGCAUGAGGGCCGUGAGGUGGGUCGGGCACGGCACCUCGUCCGCGGCCUCCGUAUCGGACAGGGUGCCGGACGAGCUGCGGGGGCGCGCCGCGGAGCUGCGCGCGGCGCUGGUGGAGGCAACGGCCGACAGGGACGCCGGCGCGCUGGAGGCGUUCGUGGAGGGCCGCGAGGUGGGGCCCGAGCUGCUGCGGUCUUGCCUGCGAGACGGCGCCCUGUCCGGUGCGUUCGUUCCCGUGCUGUGCGGCUCGGCACAGCGGCACGAAGGGGUGCAGCUGCUCCUGGAUGCG